AUGGCCAAGCUGAGGUUUCAAACAGAGAAAUUAAGAGGAUUCUUGAGAAAACAGUUUCUUCUUCAAGAAAAGACUGGUCAACAAAAGAAGAGGAAGCUGCAACUUCACGAAUUGGAAGAGAUACGACUAACAGCCUAUGAAAACUCCAAGAACUACAAGGAAAAGGUCAAGGUGUAUCAUAACAAGAAGCUUCUAAAGAGAGACUUUCAACCUGGCCAACAAGUUCUACUCUUCAAUUCUAAAUUCAAGAUCUUUCAAGGCAAGUUGAAGUCAAAGUGGUCUGGACCUUUCACCAUCAAGGAGGUAAAGCCUCAUGGAGCCAUCGAAUUGGUAGAUCCUAUCUCAGAUGAUCCAGAGAGAAGUUGGGUGGUAAAUGGUCAGCGAUCAACGUCUCACCACAAUCAUUCAUCUCUCUGA